UUCUAGUGUAAAUUUUAGCCGGGCGUCGGUGAUGGCAGAACGUACUCUACAAUAAUAAUAAUAAUCGUGCAUUUUCCACGUUCGUUUUUUCCUUUCGCGAAAAUGCCUCGAGUUAAAGCAUCACCGAAAAAGUGUAUAAAAACCAACAUAAACCAGCCGAAUAAUUCCUGGGUGUUCUUAUUAAAAGGUGAAGCUUUAGAAUUAUCUGAACAAUAUACUGGAACUGGAACUCCCGAUAUCGUUACUUUAAGGCAUCCUAAUACUGGGGAAUCCGCCGUUUUUUUAUUUUCACCGGCCAAUAACUCUGUACAAGAAAUUUUAACGUUUUCCGAAGGGAAGAGAUCUUGGUUUAUAGAUGAAAGUGUUAAAAGUGAUGGGAAAAUGCACCUCUCUACUCCAAUAGAUCCAAUAUUUUUAGUUUUGCCAUACUUAAAGAAAUAUUGCAGCACCCAAGCGAUCCCUUUAGAUCAAUUAUUAAGGGAUGAAGAAUAUCCAGAAACAGAAAGACUGUUGAAAUCUAGCGGAUUAAAAUAUUUGAAUCUAAUUGCAGAUAGAAAAGGAGAUGAUGAUUUAAAUGCCUUUAAAUACAAUGAAGAAAAAACAUUAGCAUGGCUUAAGAAAAAGACAGAACGAGUGGCAGAUAUAUUAAAACAAAAAAAUAUUCACGUAACGGGCGGGGCGGCAUCCGCAACAUUUAUAAAAGUUUCAUCAAAAGGUGAAACCCCCGAUAACAAUGCAUAUCUAAGGUACGCAGCCGGAAUCGUGUCCGAAUACUUAAUGGACGAUCUCAGUCAGAAAUUGCUCAAAUAUUUGAAUUUGCCGGAAGAGACGCAAACGGGUAGUUUAAAACGGAAAAGCAUCGUUCCGGAGCAAUAUCCGGACGCGAAACGCGUCAAAUCGGAUGAGGACGCGAUGAAAGGCUCGAACGUUUUAGACUUGAGUAAACCCGAGCAGAAAGUUUCGGCGAAAUCCACGCAAUCAAUCGCGAAAGAUAAAGCUAGAGCGAAAGCCGCCGUAGGCACGAAAAGUAUUACGUCGUUUUUUAAGAAAACUUGAAUUAUGUUGGGGUAAAAAUUAGUAUUUAAUAUGGUAAUUUUUUUUAUUGUACAG